AUAUUAGAAUUCAGAGUAUUUUUUUUCUUCCUCGCUGAACGAAGCCAUGGCCAACAGUCGACCGUCUAACAAGGAGCUGACUGAAGUGCUAAACCAACUCUGGAGCCUGGACACCAACCGYCUGAAGCCAGGAAAAGAUUACAGAAUCUCCCUCCAGGGCAAGGCAGGAUACGUGGCUCCGGGCAGCAACAGCGCCAGAGAUCGGGCCAACGAUCGUCUCUUCACGUACGUCAACGAGGACAAACUGAGGAGCACGGAGACGUACGAGCGUUUCAUCAACCUGCUGGACAACUAUGAGACGUCUACAGGUGUGUCAGAAAACGUCACCUCAGAGGAGCUGAAAGAGAACGAGCUCUUUCUUGAUGCUAUCAUGAAGACUGAAGUCAUGAAGUGCGCUCAUAAMUACCUGGUGAAGAAAGGUCAGUCUCCAUCAGACCCUGCACGCUUCAASAAACAGCUGUAUGACAUCUGGUUUCACCUCUACCACAGGGACAGGAGUGGAGGGUCCUACCCCAAACUGCUCAGCAGCAACAACAGGGAUUAGUGAGGUUACUGCAUUCAGACACGGCAAUUAUGAAGGAAACUUGGAGAAAAUUUUUUCUCUUCACUAAACAGUGACCGUCUACUAGCUUAUUGAUUGAUAUAAACAUUUGUUUUAAUCAACCAUGUGUUUAUAUUAAAAUAAAUGAAAACAUUAGUUUACAAACUGAGUAAUUAAGCUCGAUUGUUUAAUUUUUGUUUCUGUAAAGUUAAAGUAUCUGUUUUGCAUUUUUACACUUUUGAUAUAUUACAUAUAUAGAUGUAUUACAAUGUAGCUUCAUUGUUGUUGGAGGUACUUUUAAAUAAAUAAAGCUGACAAAACUGUA